AGGAUUUAACUUCAAUAGCACAAAGGCUUCGCAGAGCGUUAUUCUAAAUUAGACGUGAAAUGAAUCUGUAAUAAAAUGGUUCCAUCGCUCAAAAACCAUCUCUACCUUUUUUUGGUAUUCUCCAUAGUAAAUGAUAUCCAAUCGCGAGUGGAGUUCACCAACUUCCAAUGUAUUUCGUUGGAUAAGAAUUUUUCGGAUUUUGAGUAUUGCAGGUUAAAAUCCGUCAAUCGAACCUACAAAUACGUCUCCACAAAAGUACUACUAUUUCAAGUACCAGUAACAAAAGUUAAAGUGAACUUUGGAUUGUAUAAACGCUUUAAUGGCUAUCGGCCUUUUUUAUACAAUAUAUCUGUGGAUGCUUGUAAAUUUUUAAAGAACCGAAAAGCCAAUCCCAUCGCCAGCUACUUUUAUGACUUUUUUAGAGAAAUCUCCAAUAUGAAUCAUACGUGUCCAUUCAAUCACGAUCUUAUUGUAGAACAGCUAACGACGGAGAACAUUAAUCACAGAGUUACCAAAAUACUGGCGUUUCCCGAAGGGGACUAUAUGGUCGAAAUGCACUGGAUUGCCUAUGAUAUCGUCCGGGCAGUAAUAAAGUUAUAUUUUUCCUUACUUUGAAUAUCUAUUUCCUGUUAAGAUUUUGUAUAGAUAUUUAAAGAGCAAUAAGACAAGCAAUAAAUAAAUAGGGAAGCUUAACAAAAUCCAGAUUUAAAGGUGAAUUCUUAUCUCGAUUUUUUUAUUUUUGUCAUUAAAUUUCCAAAGAAAGAAUGUAGUUCAUUUUUUUAA